CCCUUGACUCCUCUCCGAGGCACCAUGCUGACCCGCCUGUUCAGCGAGCCCGGUCUCCUCUCGGACGUGCCCAAGUUCGCCAGCUGGGGCGACGGCGACGACGACGAACCGAGGAGCGACAAGGGCGACGCGCCGCCGCCGCCGCCGCCUCCGCCGGGGCCCGGGGCUCCGGGGCCAGCACGGGCCUCUAAGCCAGUCCCUCUUCGUGCAGACGAGGUGCCGGAGGCCGCGCUGGCCGAGGUCAAGGAGGAAGGCGAGCUGGGGGGCGAGGAGGAGGAGGAAGAGGAGGAGGAGGAAGGGCUGGACGAGGCAGAGGGCGAGCGGCCCAAGAAACGCGGGCCCAAGAAGCGCAAGAUGACCAAGGCGCGCCUGGAGCGCUCCAAGCUGCGGCGGCAGAAGGCGAACGCGCGGGAGCGCAACCGCAUGCACGACCUGAACGCGGCGCUGGACAACCUGCGGAAGGUGGUGCCCUGCUACUCCAAGACCCAGAAGCUGUCCAAGAUCGAGACGCUGCGCCUAGCCAAGAACUACAUCUGGGCGCUCUCGGAGAUCCUGCGCUCCGGCAAGCGGCCCGACCUGGUGUCCUACGUGCAGACGCUGUGCAAGGGUCUAUCGCAGCCCACCACCAACCUGGUGGCCGGCUGCCUGCAGCUCAACUCGCGCAACUUCCUCACGGAGCAGGGCGCCGACGGCACCGGCCGCUUCCACGGCUCUGGUGGCCCAUUUGCCAUGCACCCCUACCCGUACCCGUGCUCGCGCCUGGCGGGCGCACAGUGCCAGGCGGCGGGCGGCCUGGGCGGCGGCGCGGCGCACGCCCUGCGGACCCACGGCUACUGCGCCGCCUACGAGACGCUGUAUGCCGCGGCGGGCGGCGGCGGCGCGAGCCCGGACUAUAACAGCUCCGAGUACGAGGGCCCGCUCAGCCCCCCGCUCUGUCUCAACGGCAACUUCUCACUCAAGCAGGACUCGUCGCCCGACCACGAGAAAAGCUACCAUUAUUCUAUGCACUACUCGGCGCUGCCCGGCUCGCGGCCCACGGGCCACGGGCUGGUCUUUGGCUCGUCGGCUGUGCGCGGGGGCGUCCACUCGGAGAAUCUCUUGUCUUACGAUAUGCACCUUCACCACGACCGGGGCCCCAUGUACGAGGAGCUCAAUGCGUUUUUCCAUAACUGAGACCUCGCGCCUGCCCCUUUCUUUUUCUUUUGCCUUUGCCCG